AUGAAUGCACCCCUGUAGUCUGGCUUGCUGGCGGGACGCUUUCGUUCGUCCUCCUCGACUAUUGAAAUAAGAACACACCCACCGAGUUUGACACACCUUUACUUUGGAGUUAACUUCUGCACAUUCUUUCCGGAUCGAACAAAGUCCAAAAUGACAGCGCAAAAUAAGUGUUCUGAACUUGCUACGCAAAUAUUAAAAGAGGCUCCCACGUCGAGAAAAGCUCUUAUUGACAACUACAACAACCUUCACAAAGUGGCCGAUUACUGUGAAAAUAAUUAUUUAGGCCUACAGGAUGUGGACACAUGGAGGGGUUUGGAGGAGACCAAGGCUUUGACCACUCAGGCUUUGGCCAGUGUGGCCUACCAGAUCAACAGCCUAGCCACUUCUGUCCUGAGACUGCUGGACACCCAGGCCAUGCAGCUGAAAGACAUGGAGAACUCCCUCAACCUCCUCUCUCUGGCUGUAGCUAUCCAUCAGGAGAAGGUGUCUCGGAGAGAGAUGGGAGUUUUCACCAUAGUAACGAAGUUGGCUUGCACCAAAUUAAUGAGCCCUCCCAAAGCUGGCCGGGAGCCGGAGGGUUGCUACAUCAGAAGAUCGAUAUCCUUCACCGAACUGGACACACUGGGCCACAGCUUUAAUCUCAAUGAGUUGCAGCCUCGGAAAAGAACGGGGACCACAGAGAGCGUGCGGAGUACAAGGAGCUGUGGCCCUGUGGCUUGUCCUGUUGCUCCUGAUACCCAGCCUGGGGAACCCUCCUCAGCCAGCGUCAAUAAGGAUCUCUAUAGGUCCAAUCUUGGCAUUAAUGUGGCCCUACCAUCAGUGCCCACCGUGCCAGCCUCCUCAAACCUCACCCAAGACUGCCCACCACCCCCUCCUGGAUCCACGUUUGACUCCAACAUCUCACCUCCUCCUCCUCCACCACCUGGCUCCAUGGGCACUGGUCCUCCUCCACCUCCUCCUCCUACACCCUCCAUGACCUCAUCGUAUAACCUCCCUCCUCCUACACCGAAUGCAUCCCCUAAUGUUCCCUCUCCGCCACCCCCUCCUCCACCUCCUCCCAGCUCAUCAAAUAGCUUACUCCCUCCACCUCCACCUGGUUCAAUGGGUAAUGCUCCACCUCCUCCUCCACCUCCUCCCAGCUCAUCAAAUAGCUUCCCCCCUCCUCCUCCUCCACCUCCUCCACCUGGUUCAAUGGGAUUACAUGAUAACAUGGCACAGCAAUGA